AUGCUGGGGGUCUCUGCCAAGCAAGGGCUAGAGCUGAGCUUGGAAAUGACACUGAGUUUGUACCCCCUGGAUGCCUGCAACUGCAACCUCCACGCUAGGCGCUGCAGAUUCAACAUGGAGCUCUACAAGCUGUCAGGGCGCAAGAGUGGGGGUGUCUGUCCCACCUGCCCCCAAAAUCCGGCGGCCCGCCACUGCCACUACUGCAAGGAGGGCUUCUACCGAGACAUGGGCAAGCCCAUCACCCACCGGAAGGCUUGCAAAGCCUGUGAUUGCCACCCUGUGGGUGCUGCUGGCAAGACCUGCAAUCAAACCACUGGCCAGUGUCCCUGCAAGGACGGCGUGACAGGCAUCACCUGCAACCGCUGUGCCAAAGGCUACCAGCAGAGCCGCUCCCCCAUAGCCCCCUGCAUCAAGAUUCCUGUAGCGCCGCCCACCACCGCAGCCAGCAGUGUGGAGGAACCGGAAGACUGUGACUCCUAUUGCAAGGCCUCCAAAGGGAAGCUGAAGAUGAACAUGAAGAAAUACUGCAGGAAAGACUAUGCGGUCCAGAUCCACAUCCUGAAAGCGGACAAAGCAGGAGACUGGUGGAAGUUCACGGUGAACAUCAUCUCCGUGUACAAGCAGGGAACGAGUCGUAUUCGCCGCGGUGACCAGAGCUUGUGGAUCCGCUCUCGCGACAUCGCCUGCAAGUGCCCCAAAAUCAAGCCCCUCAAGAAAUACCUGCUGCUGUUCACUGCUGAGCACUCUCCUGACCAGACCUCGCCUGGCGUCCACCGAAGCCCCUUAACUAGUGCCGAGGGCCAGCUAAGCAACAAGACAUCAAUCCACCAAGGCAUCCUGCCCUGCCCACUCCCUCUGCCUCCCCCGGAUUGCCUGGUCAGAUGA